AUCAAACUCUGCUCAUGUUUUGGAUUUUGAAAAUAAUCGCGUGAUCCGUAUUGUAACGUGUCCUACUACAGUAUAUAUUGCCAUGUAAUUAAUGGUGCUUUCUUAUUGUUUCUUGAACGAGUUUGCUAUUAAAAUGAGAAUUUUGGGCAUAAAGUACUGUAGAUUGCAAAAUAUGUAGUCCUUUAAAACAAGUAAUAUUGUGCAAUAGUCCAUAUUGAAAAAUGCAGCAUUGACGUGCAGCUUCAGUAGGCGAAUAGUGUCAUAAAGUUGGAUAGCCUGUUAAUUCACCCGCCGUCAUUAAAUAGUAUGAUGUGCGAGAAUAGAAAUGCGUCAGAAAUGCAUGUGAAGUCAGUGUAUCAUUCAGCAGAUUCAAUCCUACGGGUUUUGAAAGCGGAACAAGUUAAUUCCUUGCGUGGAGUUGAAAUACUUCUUAAACGUUUUAAUGACAAAUUUCCGGAAGGAGAGGUAAAUUUUUCAAAUGUGCCAAGAAAAGAAGUAUUCAUUGUUUUUGAAGGUUUAGAUGGAUCAGGGAAAUCCACAAUUGCUAAAGCAGUGUCAAAGGUUUAUAAAGGUGCCAUGCUAGCUACUCCUCCCAAAUCAAUUUCAGAUAUUCGUAAAAUAUUUGAUGGUUACCAACCUUCAGUGCGAAAGGCUUACUAUAGCCUUGGCAAUUACAUUGCAGCUAAAGAAAUUCUAGAUAUUUGUGAGGAAAAACCAGUUUUUCUUGAUCGGUUUUGGCACAGUACAGCUGCCUAUGCACUGGCUCAGGAAUGUGAUGGACAACAACUCAGUUCUCUUCCAUCUGCUGGAGAUCCUGUGUACAAGUGGCCAGAAGAUCUCAUAAAACCUGACUUGGUAUUGUUUCUGGAUGUUACGGAACAAACAAGAAAUAUUCGCCAUGCCAGGCGCGUAAAGCGUGGCGAGACUACCAAAGAGGAAGAGCAGUUGGUAAAGGAUGAAGCUUUUCGAAAUUUAGUGUUGGCAGCUUACAAAAAUAUGGAUGAUAUUCCUGUUGUUCAUGUUGAUUCAUCUUAUAGUGUGAAACAAACUGUAGCACAGUGCUUGAAGCACAUUGAACAGUUUUUACCUUGCAAGACUUUUGUAGAUUCGUAAUGCUAAUUGAAUUUGCUCUGAUAAUGCCUCUUGUCUGUUAAGAGAUUUUCCUUGUAUGUUUUCCUCAUUCUUGGACAAAAUGUUCCUCUUGAUAAAACAGAAUUUAAAGCAUUCUACAUUCAUGUUAAUUCUUCUAUUCUUGUAUUUUUCUUCUAUUUUCCAAAAAUUCUGAAAAAUUGUUGAAGUUCAUUGCUUUGGUAUGUAAUGGUUACUACAACAUUUGAGAAGCAAUUCACACAGGAUCUACUUAAAUCCCAAACAAGCAAUUGUAAUAGUUUAUAAGAAUUUCAGAAUGUGAAUUCACUCAUUUUACUUGUUGGAAUUUACUUUAGGUAAUAAUUAAAAUGAAUGGUAUCUAUCAUCUGAAGUGAAUGUUGAAAACAAACUGUAGAUGGGAUAAUGUUUUGAUACUAAUAUGUAUAUAAUGUGAAUGUAUGUUGAUGAUGUUAACAAUUUGUGUAAAUUGUCUUGCAUUCUAUUUAGUUCACACAAAAUAUAUUUACUUUUGUAACUCUUGGGCCUGGAAAGUAGAUUUAACAUUUACAACAGCAAAACCGAGUAUGCACUAGCUGAAAUACACUCGUGAAUUGUUUUUAAUUAAUUUUUCUGUUUCAAUUAUAGUGAAUAUUUGUAUGCUAUCCACAAAAGAUAACAUUGUGAAGUUUUCAGUAUUUAUUAUUAUAUCUUAUUGCCUUUUUAAUUGUCAUGCAUCUCAUUGGUUUCAGUAUUCUUUGCUUAGGUAUUUAUUUUAAUUUCUGUCGUGAAGUUGGGUAUUGUAGCCUUUAUUUACUCAUUUGUAAUCAUCAUUGCCUACAGCUUUUUUUUCAAAACUGCACUGGGUAUUCUUUCUUUUGACCAAUCUGUCCUCUUUGGCCAGUCCAGUUUGGCCUCUUACAAGACAAUAUAAUCAACUGGACAAUAAAGUGGGUGUGAUUUCUUUUUAGCGAUUGUCUUACUUUUUUCUUUUUUCUAGAGAAAAAAUAUUUAGUAUUUGAGAAAAAUUGCAUCAUGUAAUUGUACAUUAUGUAACGGUUUGAAGAAAAAAAAAAUAACAUAAACUAGGAUAUUUGUUUUGAGUUUAUCAUGCCUAAGAAAUAUCGUGGGUUGGUGAUAUAUAUAUUUUGGUGAUACACAUUUGAUUUUGACUACAUGGUGGACUUUUUGUACCUGAGCUAGAGAUUCAUGUGCACUGAAUAACAAAUAUAUACAUGUUAAAUGUUUUGAUAAUAUAUUUCAUUAGACAUAUUAUAUCUAAUUGAAUUGUUUAGUUCAAAAAGGUCACAUCUCCAUCAGCUGUGUGACCUGCACAUGAAACAUGGAAAAACUCCCCUCCAUGGAAGCAGCUUAUGUGAAGUAAACAGAGAACCACACCUGUAUAAAUUGUAUUAAUAAGUAGUUUCAACUAAAAGUAUAUUCAGAAUAAAACUUGAGCUUAACUUAUUUUUGCACAAAUUGGAGAUUUGGCCUUUUUGAAAUAACUUAUUCAAUUGCUGUUGUUCUUAAAAAUAGCUUAAAGUUAGUUGUGUCCUCCUUCACAAUAAAGUUGUAUUCCUUUUACUUAGUUUGUACUUUUUUCCAAAUAAUAUUUUCUCAAAAUUAAAAUUUUACAUAAGAAAUUGGAUAAACUUUGAUUUUGGAGAAAAUAGUAGACCAUUACCAGGAGUUGUGAAGAGAACCAUGACAUUUUGAUAAGAAGUGAAACCUUGCAGGGUCAAUGAGAAACACUACUUUGUGUUCUAGGCCUCAAAAUCUCUUGCAGUAGAAUUCAUUGCCAUGUUUAAAUGAAAGUUUUAAGGAGGUGAACUAGCCCAGCAUUCCCUAGUAUUUAUUUAUCAUAAUAAUGUGUUAGACAUGAGAAGGAAUGAAAAUGUCAAUAGUUUUAUAUGGAAGUAAAUUUAUUUACAUCGCAGUCCCGCUCGG